CAUGUUUAGAGCGCUUAGAACACAAAGUUAAUGUAAAAUAAUUAUUUUUUUUUAGAAUAUGUGGAUGUAUUUGGUAUGACUUUUAGUCCAUUCAAAAUUUUGUGAAAAGAAUGCACACACACCCCCAUACAAGCGAUGGCGCCGUAACAAGUGUCGUUGGCGGCACCGGCGGCGGCGGCAGCACCGAGGGUAAAAUACGCUGCAUCUUUCUAUGUGAAUUCCAUGCCACAGCAGGCUGCAAGAUCAGCUGUCAGGUGCCGGACAAUUAUAUAUCCAAGGAGGUCUUCGAUGCCAUCAAUGUAUACAUUAUACCCAAGCAACAUUUGCAGCGCUGCAUACUCACUGUCAAUGCCAUGGAUGUGAAAAUUGUGGGCUAUCCUGUGGACAUUCAAGAUCAGCAGAAAUAUGUGCGCAAUGCAUUCCUUUUUAAUCUGUGCUUCGUCUGCGAUUCUCGUGCGCGUUCUGUGCAGUAUGAGCCCGUGGUAAAGAAAUUAUCCGAAUAUCUGAUUAUGAUGGAAGAGGAGUCGUGCUUUCUGUCGCGUGAGAACGACAAGCAGAAACUACAAAACAUCUUUGAAACCGUGUUGCGUGAUUUAAACGAGCGCAAAGUCGCCACCAUUGUGGAAGGCGAUAAUACUAUAUACCUGAAGAUUGUUAUGCACAAGCCAGAUCCGCCAGCGGUUAAAGAUCACAUGGUGCCACUGCUGCUGGCAAAUCUGCGUGACACGCCGCUCGAAAACUGGGAUCUAACGACGCAACAGAUUCUGCCCUACAUCAAUGGCAUUAAUCACGUGGCGCGCAUUUCUGCCGAAGCUGAUGUGGAAACGGAUCUGGUCAAAUCUUGCAUACAGAAUCUGGUGUACUACGGUGUAGUUCAACUGCUGCCUAUCUUAAAGUACAGUAAUGUUUAUAUGACGCAAAACCUCAAGCACCUCAUACAAAGUGCCGCCUUAAGCAAUGCCUGCCGCAAGUACGUGGCUCUCAAGCCGGAUAAGACACUGCCCAGCGUGCAGCGCAUCUUUCAGUUCUAUGCGUCCAUGACACACGGCGUGACAUUACGUGCCAUUUGCCAGCGUCUCUGUCCUCAAAACCAUAACAUCGAUGAACGCAAAAUGGUCAUCUUUGGGUUGCAGCAUAAGUUCAUACGUUGCAUACACAAGUACCCGGUGUUUACGGGUUCAGUGCCUUCCGGACGUCAAAAAAUGUAUACCGGCUUGAUAAGCUUCGAUGAGAUUUGCUGCAAGACGGGACUGUCGCCGAGCACCAUUGAGAAGGAUAUCGAAAAGGAUACAAAUGUAACUGUGAUUUGGAAAUAGUGCAAAAGCCAUUAAAUAUAUAUUGUUCAUUGUGUAGUUGUUAAGUAUAAAA